AUGCCCCUUCAGAUGCCACCACAAAGAGGAAAGCAGCAGGGUCUAAUCGUGGCAGGGGGGACCAUGAAGAGGAUGCCCCUUCAGAUGCCACCACAAAGAGGAAAGCAGCAGGGUCUAAUCGUGGCAGGGGGGACCUCGAAGAGGAUGCCCCUUCAGAUGCCACCACAAAGAGGAAAGCAGCAGGGUCUAAUCGUGGCAGGGGGGACCUCGAAGAGGAUGCCCCUUCAGAUGCCACCACAAAGAGGAAAGCAGCAGGGUCUAAUCGUGGCAGGGGGGACCUCGAAGAGGAUGCCCCUUCAGAUGCCACCACAAAGAGGAAAGCAGCAGGGUCUAAUCGUGGCAGGGGGGACCUCGAAGAGGACGCCCGCCCUGGCACGGCUGUCACGUCAGCAGCACAACAUAUGA